UAGAGGUGUUAAUCGUGGCCGAUGACGUCAGACCCUUCUCUGUUGAACCGUACCCAUUUGCUUGAUUCCAAACGUGGAAGGGGAACGGCAGCAGCGCUGCCUCCGCAUGCUUUCGUCCAUUCGCCCCAGGUACGUAUGGAUGUUGUUGCCUUGAUGGCCCGAACCGUGUUUGUUAUUCAUUCAACGUCUCCCUCUUGUCGCUGGGCAUUUUUUCUCACCGCUUUGUAGGAAGCCGGACUGUUUAUUGUCCUUACCUUGUCUCGUCUGGUGUUGCCUCGUGUUGCCACCCGGGCAAGUUUGACGACGUCCUUAGCGCGUGUUUUGUUUCUCGCGCUGGUCGAUGAUUGGGCUCCUUUGUUGUCUGCU